CGCGGCACCGCCCACUCGCCCCAGCCGCCGCCAUGAAGGCCGUGGUGCAGCGCGUCACCCGGGCCAGCGUCACAGUUGGGGGAGAGCAAAUAAGUGCCAUUGGCCGGGGCAUCUGCGUGUUGCUGGGCAUUUCCCUGGAAGACACACAGAAGGAGCUGGAGCACAUGGUCCGAAAGAUUUUAAACCUGCGUGUUUUUGAGGAUGAGAGUGGGAAACACUGGUCCAAGAGUGUGAUGGACAAACAGUACGAGGUGCUGUGUGUCAGCCAGUUUACCCUCCAGUGUGUCCUCAAGGGAAAUAAGCCUGACUUUCACCUGGCGAUGCCCACUGAGCAGGCAGAGGUAUUCUACAACAGCUUCCUGGAGCAGAUGCGAAAAACCUACAGGCCAGAGCUCAUCAAAGAUGGCAAGUUUGGUGCUUACAUGCAGGUGCACAUUCAGAAUGAUGGGCCUGUGACCAUAGAGCUGGAGUCUCCUGCUCCUGGUGCUGCUACCUCGGACCCUAAGCAGCUGUCAAAGCUUGAGAAACAGCAGCAGAGGAAGGAAAAGACCAGAGCCAAGGGGCCUUCUGAAUCAAGCAAAGAGCGAAACACUCCCCGGAAAGAAGACCGCAGUGCCAGCAGUGGGGCCGAGGGUGACGUGUCUUCAGAGCGCGAGCCAUAGGGGCAGGAAGCCGAGGCUCAGCGCAUUACCAUGAGGCAGAACUGGAUCCUGGAAAAUUUAUGAUGCUAAGUACCUACUCUGCUUUAAGAAUCUUGAACUGGAACAUGAACAGGAAGACAGAGCAAGACAUUGGGAACCUGAACACCCCUGCAGGAAAACACCGAAGGAGCACUCCAUUUUCUGGAGCGCUAUGGUCUGAGGAGGUGGUGGGUGCUAUGGUGUGGAGAAGGCACGCAACCAUGCUCUUCCCAUGGAGAGAGGGUCAUGGGAUCCCCUGCUUCCCACCACGUCUUUGCUUGCUUUUGGACCAGGCCCAGCAUCAUUUGUCCUAAAGUCCACUGUGGUGUCUUCUGCCUGUCCAUGGUUGGUCUCCAGCACGUCCCUGUUGCUCAUGCUCUUUCUAGUACUGGUUUGCAGGACAGAACAGCGUUCAGGUGAAAGGAGAGUAACUAUCAACGAUAAUGUAUUUCAUGAGAUGUUGCAUCUUAUAAAUUGUCUCUUUUUUCUAAAAAUAAAUAAUAAUAAAACCCUAA